AUGGCCAAGUACAAGGUAGUGAUGGUCAGACAUGGUGAAAGUGAAUGGAACCAAAAGAACUUGUUUUGCGGAUGGUACGAUGCUUCGUUGAGCCCUAAAGGUGAAGAGGAAGCAGCAAACGCCGGUAAAGCAUUGAAACAAGGCAACUACAAAUUUGACCUGGCCCAUACAUCUGUGUUGAAGAGGGCACAAAACACUCUGGGGUCAAUAUUGAAAGAACUUGGCCAAGAAGACAUUCCGAUAUCAAAAACUUGGCGUUUGAAUGAAAGACACUAUGGUGGCCUUACUGGAUUGAACAAAUCUGAAACUGCAGCCAAAUAUGGCGAAGAACAGGUUCAAAUAUGGAGACGUAGUUUUGACACUCCCCCACCGGCCAUGGAUACCGACCAUGCAUACUAUGAUCAAAUCGUAAAUGACCCUCGCUACAAAGAUGAACCUUUAAAGGAAGAGUUUCCUAUGUUUGAAUCAUUGAAAUUGACAAUUCAAAGGACAUUGCCCUAUUGGAAUGAUGUUAUUAUUCCCCAGUUAAAAGAAGGAAAACAAAUAUUGAUAGCGGCUCAUGGAAACAGUCUUAGAGGAAUAGUCAAACAUUUGGACAAUUUGACAGAAGACCAAAUCAUGUGUCUUAAUUUACCAACUGGUAUACCAUUUGAAUAUGAAUUAGAUGAAAACUUUAAACCUGUGGUUUCAAUGAAGUUUUUGGGUGAUGAAGAGACUGUCAAAAAAGCAAUCGAAGCUGUUGCUGCCCAAGGCAAAGCAAAAUAA